CGAGCCGAGAAGAAGCCGAGGGCUACUGAGUCGUAGAGAUUAUGUAAGAUGCCCCUGGACGCACAGUCAGGGGAGCGAAGGGAGAAGAAAUACGCGAGGAUAAAAAGUGUAAAUGGUCGAAGUCGAGAUGUUCACAGCAGUAGGAGAUGGUUGUGGAUGUAGUUAGAUGCAGUAGAUGUAGAUGUAGAUGUAGUCAAACGCCGUUGUUGGUGGGAAGUUCGUGGAGACGGACCGACGGAGACGAAACUGGUUGUUUACCACCAACGUCAAUGUCAACACCAACAACAGAACAGCAGCAAAGCCAUAGACAGUGAAGAUGUCGACGCGGCCGCUGUCUGCUCACCAGAGGUCAGCGUCAAAUGCGCCGGCGUCUACCUGCUUCGAAGAGCAGCGAGCAGAGCUUUUGAGAGAGAUAUCCCUGAGCCUCGAAGGAGUGCUGCAGAACAUCAACAAGUUCAACAGGAACCUAGAGAGUAUCAUCACGGUUGGGAACGAACUGAGCUCCGUCGAAGGGCUAUGGUCACAGUUUGAAGGCGUGAUGGGCCGGGGGGAAGAGCAGGGCAACCAAGAUGUCAAGGAAGAGGAAGACAGAGACAAGCAGUGAUGAAUUUACUUGUUGAAUGGAUGAAAUUUACGCAAAGGAGAG